AUGGCUAAUAAAAAAGAAAAAGCUACCUCUUUUGAUCUUGAAUAUAAUAAUUCGGAUUUAUAUGAUCAACAAAGAUAUCAAAAUAAUAGCAAGACAGUUGAUGAUGAAAAACCCGAUUUAUCCAAAGAAGGAAUCAUUAAUUAUUCUAGUUUAAGCGCUUUAAAUCUAGUUCCUGGAUUGAGGAAAAUGACACCUUUAAAUUGGAGCUUUUAUCUAUUGGGGGCAUUAGCUUGGACUGUUGAUGCAAUGGACUUUUUUGUGGUGUCGGUUUCUACAACAGAAAUUGCAGCUUUUUUAAACAAAAGUGUUACGGAUAUUACCUGGGGCAUUACAUUGGUUCUUAUGUUGUGUUCAGUUGGUGCUAUUAUCUUUGGAUUAGCGUCUGACUAUUAUGGAAGAAAAUGGCCCUUUAUUGUUUGUUGUUUUUGUUUUGUUGUUCUUGAACUUGGGUGUGGAUUUGUUCAAACAUUGGAACAAUUUUUAGCUGUUAGAGCAUUAUUUGGUAUUGCAAUGGGUGGGAUGUAUGGAAAUGCUGCUGCAACUGCUUUAGAAGAUCAGCCGGUUGAAGCUCGAUCUAUUCUCUCUGGAUGUUUUCUUCCAUGUUACAAUUUUGGAUACCUCUUAGCAGUUGUGUUCAGCAGAGCAUUUCUUGGGACAUACAAGACAAAUGAAGACUGGCGUUCGCUUUUAUGGUUUACAGCAGGUCCACCACUUCUUUUAAUUGCCUGGAGAUUGAUGUUGCCAGAAAGUAAGUUUUUCCUUGACCAAAAAGAGGCUAAAAGACUUCAUAACGCUACACUAACUGAAGACGACAAAAAACAUCAAAUUACAGCCUGGACCCAGGCAAAGGAUGCUUGUAGAACCCAUUGGUUGAUGUUUAUCUACCUUAUUUUUUUAUUAGCUGGAUUUAAUUUUUCAUCUCAUGGAUCUCAAGAUUUAUAUUCUACAAUGUUGGUGAAACAACGAAACUUUGAUGCCGAUGAUAAGACAAUGAUUUUGUGUGUUAUCAACAUUGGGGCAAUGGUUGGAGGAUUGGUAUUUGGGCAACUCACUGACUUAUUAGGCAGAAGAUUGUCUAUUGUUGUUUGUUGUAUUGGGGCAGGGGCGCUUAUUUAUCCAGCAUUUUUGUUGCAUUCUAUUACUGAACUCACAGUAGGUGGAUUCUGGUUGCAGUUUUUCAUCAUGGGCAAUUGGGGUAUUGUUCCAGUUCAUUUGUUUGAGUUGUGUCCAUCAAAUUAUAGGACAUUUGCUUCAGGAUUGGUGUAUCAAUUGGGGAAUUUGGCUUCCUCAGCUUCGUCCACAAUUGAAUCUCAAUUGGGAUCGAGAUUUCCAAUCACCAAUAGCGAUGGGACACCUGGGUACGAUUAUGGGAAAGUUAUGGGUAUUUUCACCGGAGCAGUUAUGGCAUACAUUAUGGUUUGUGUUAUUGUUGGACCAGAAAGAUUUCAUAAAGAUUUGCAGCAUAGUAUACUGGCAACUCAGGCCAAUAGAGGGGAAGCAACAGAAGAAAUCGAAUUUGAGAAGCCUAGUGAAAAUUAUCAAGAGUCUCAGCCAAUUCAAAGGUAA